CGUAGAGAGAAAUAAUAUUCUUCCACAUUGUCCGGUAGGACAACUGGUAACCAUCGGGCAUUAGAUUGUGCAGCUCGUGGACUUGAGCCAUCUGCAUGUACGACAGUUGCUCCAAGAGCAACCUGUCAUCCAACAGAAUGAAGCCCUCAUCCACAGACCGAGCAACCGAGACCACUUGUUCCGCGGAAGAAGAAGAGGCACAGGUGGAAGCAUCAACCAGCUUCUUCUGUGGAGAAGCAGCUGGGCGCCCAAAAGAUGAAGAGGAUUGGGAACUGGAGGUCCAAGACCAGGCACCAGAACCAUAAGAAUGAACGGAAGGGUUCUGGCUAUCCUCGUGCUAAAAACAAAGUUAAAACGCAUACAUUAGAUUUCUUGGUGUUCACAUGGAAUAACUGUCUAUGUCACAGACUUCACAGAGACUUAAUGUAUGUGAAAACAGAGUUACAUCAGGUUUACAUUAGUUUAUGUGCAGGGAACUCAGAGAAAGUUAUCAUACUUGUUACAUACUUUACACAAAAAGCAAAAAGCAAAAAGGGUGGAACACAUCUUGUGUUUUGCUCUUUUUAUUUCCUUGUUGACUACACACAAAUGUAACACUUCUAGGAGUUUCAUCUUUGGCUUUGCGAGUUGUCCUAGUCCGCAUUGGAAAUCCUACACUUCGAGCAUAAGCCAGAUAGUGUUCUCGAAUUUCUUCAAUGCUUGUAAACUUCAUCCCCACUUCAGGCACGCUACCUUUGUUUCCUUUAGAAGGACAUUGACCAUUGUUCCGGACAUCAUUGUUAAUGUCAUUUUUUUUUGUCUAAUCUCACCACUCGCCUGUUCUUGCCCUUUGUCGUUAAAUAAAUACUGAAAGCAAGGAUCGUUUAGAAAAAAAUCUGGUUCAAAAGCUGCAAAAAACAGUACCUUUAAUAUAAUAAAAUACCUGACUAUGAAGAAAACAAUAAUACACCAAAUGCAGAGUUCAUACAGAUAAUUAGCGUCUGUGACAAGGACAAACCCUAGAUUCACAGAACUUUAAUCUCUGUAACACGAAAACAAAACAAUUUUUUUUCACUACUUCAAAUGAAUAUAGAAUGUGGUCUAAAUAUCAACACUUACAACUGGGCUGCAACUCAUAUAAAAUCAGGUCUUCUUCUUCACCACCAAAAUCAUGUGGUUGCUCAUUCUCAACAUUUGUAACAAUAGAUGUUUGUAAGUCCAUAAUCACCAAAUAUCCUAUGUACUCUACAAAAAUUCAAAAUAUUAUUGCCAUCAAAAUUGACUAAAAAUGGAAUGAAGAGAAGAGAUUGACAAAGGAAUUGUCGUGCUACAGGGGUUGGCGCAUUAGAGAUAUGAAGAGGAAGAUAAGAAAAAGAAGAGAUUACCUGCCGGCUUGUAAGAAGGAGAGCGCAUGAAAGGGAGAAGAGAGCCGGUCACUGCCGCGGAAGAGCAUAUCCAGAGCAACAUAGAGGAAAGGAGAAAAAAAGGAGAAAAGGUAAAAAAAAUACCUUAAAUAGGGAGGCAGCAAAGGAGGCAUUGGUGGGUGCACUGUAGCACGGUCCAAUAAAAAAAUCUACUCGGU